UGUCACAUGACUUUCUGUCCCACAGCUAAUCACUACAAAAACUUCACCUCUAUGGCUGGAUAGAAGGAAGCCGCCGGCGUUUGCUGGACCUGAUAUGUAAUCGAUAAAUCGCUGUUUUCAUUAUGUUAUUAUACGGCGCUGAUUGUGUUUUCAGAUACUUUUAAAAAUAAAUCCAAAAUAACCAUUUUUUCACUGCGAAAAGUAAACUUAAGCUGUGAGAAAAAAGUGAAACUAGUUCAGUUUUUCUAUGUUUUAGAUUAGAAGAAUUAUUAAUAUUAAGGGGUGGUAUAAAUGAAGUAAUCCCGCGGGACUCGCGCAGGUUCUGCAGGAAAUAGACCAGACCAACAUGACGGAGCGGACCCCCCUCCUCCACUACCGGCUUUGCACCAGCGUGAAUGAGUCCGAGCCGCGGUCCCCCUCGGCCGGCCAGGCCCCGGAGCGGCGGCCCGGCAGCCCCCGAACGAGGCCCGGCGGGCCGCAGCGGCAGCAGCGGAAGCUGUCGACGUUCUUCGGGGUGGUCAUCCCCACUCUGCUGUCCAUGUUCAGCGUGGUGCUGUUCCUCCGGAUCGGAUUUGUGGUGGGACAGGCCGGAUUGUAUCAAACAAUUGCCAUGUUACUGGUUGCCUACUUCAUCAUCUCCAUGACCGUGCUGUCGGUCUGUGCCAUCUCCACUAAUGGGGCUCUGGACGCAGGGGGAGCCUAUUACAUGAUCAGCCGCGCUCUUGGUCCGGAGUUUGGCGGCAGCAUCGGCCUCAUGUUCUUCCUGGCUAACGUGUGCGGCAGCGCCCUCUAUGUGCUGGGUCUGGUCGAAGCCAUUAUGGACACGUUUGGAGUCCCAGAAGACAACACAGUGGCGCCAACUUCACAUCAGAUCCUGCCGUCGGGCUACUGGUGGUCUUUGCUGUACGGCACCGGCAUCCUCCUGUUGUGCCUUCUGGUGUGCCUGGUCGGAGCCCAUAUCUAUGCCAAGGCCACCUUCCUCAUCUUCCUGAUUGUCAUGGUCGUUUUGGUAACAAUCUUAGUCAGCUUCUUUGCUGUGCGGCCCAAAACCAUCCUGCUGCCAAGCCCCAAUAAUGGGACGGCAAAUUUCACGGGCUUCAAGUUGGAAACUCUGCUGGGAAACCUGAAUGGGGGCUACGUAGUCGAUUACACAACACAGACAAUGAUGACCUUUGCCACCGUCUUUGCCGUGAUGUUUAAUGGCUGCACCGGCAUCAUGGCGGGCUCCAACAUGUCUGGCGACCUAAAAAAUCCCAGCUACUCCAUCCCUCGUGGCACCAUCACCGCAGUCAUCUUCACCUUCAUCAUCUACAAUCUGCUGAGCGUUCUCGUGGCCUGCACCUGUGAUCGUGUCCUCCUUCAAAGCGAUUACAGCUUCCUGAGGGACAUCAGCGUCUGGUAUCCCUUUGUGAUUGUGGGGGUCUAUUCCUCCACGCUGUCUGCUGCAAUGAGCAACCUCAUCGGAGCUUCACGCAUCCUCUACGCUCUGGCCAGAGAUGACCUGUUCGGUAAAGCUCUGUCUCCAGCCAAGAAAACGUCCCACAGUGGGAACCCCUGGGUGUCUGUUCUGAUCUCCUGGUUCCUCGUCCAGAUGGUGCUGUUUUCUGGAAAGCUCAACACCAUUGCGAGCAUCGUGACCAUUUUCUUCCUGCUGGUUUAUGCUGCCGUGGACCUGGCCUGCCUCGCUCUGGAAUGGGCGUCUGCUCCAAACUUCAGGCCCACUUUUCGCUACUUCACCUGGCACACGUGUGUGUUGGGCAUCAUCGGUUGUGCCGUCAUGAUGUUCCUAAUCAACGCCAUCUACGCCUCAGCCAGCAUCGCCUUCAUGCUUCUCCUGCUCCUGCUGAUUCACUAUCUCAGUCCCACCUCCAGCUGGGGAUACAUCAGCCAGGCUCUCAUUUUCCACCAGGUGCGUAAAUACCUGCUGAUGCUGGACGUGAGGAAGGACCACGUCAAGUUUUGGCGGCCCCAGAUCCUCCUGAUGGUUUCCAACCCUCGCAGCAGCGUGGGCCUCAUCACCUUCAUCAAUGACAUCAAGAAAAGUGGCCUCUACGUUCUCGGACAUGUCCAGCUGGGAGACCUCAACACUUUACCAUCUGAUCCCCUGCAGUCCCAGUAUGAUUCCUGGCUGUCUCUGGUGGACCAUCUGAACAUAAAAGCCUUCGUCAACCUGACGCUGGCGGACUCUAUCCGUCAUGGCGUCCAGCAUCUCCUGUUUAUCUCAGGAUUGGGUGGGAUGCGACCGAAUACUCUGGUUUUGGGUUUCUAUGACAACUGUCCUCCAAAUGACAGGCUGAACUAUCCCUCCAUAUCCUCCAGUCAGUUCACAAACCCCUCCAACCUCAGCCAGGAGCUGGAGGAGCCUCCUCUCUUCCACUUUGCCUCCCUGCGGGGGAGUGCAGACAAACAGGACUCUGGUGAAUUUGAGGAUGGGAAGGUUCUGGGGCCUGAAGAAUACGUGGCCAUCAUUGCCGAUGCCAUGAAGAUGCUUAAGAAUGUAGUGCUAGCUCGAUACUUCAACAACUUUGACCGAUCGCAGGCUCUCCUACCGUCCUCCUCUGCUCCUGGAAAGGGCUCGGUGUUUGUCGACGUCUGGCCGGUCAAUCUGCUGCGGCCCGACAGCAGCAGCUACGUUGACACCUGCUCCCUGUUCCUGCUGCAGCUAGCAUGCAUCCUCAACAUGGUGAGGACGUGGCGCAAAGCGUCACUCCGUCUCUUCCUGUGCGUGGAGGAGGGCAGAAGCGUCAAAGGCUCCGAGGAGAAACUGGGCCAGUUACUAAAGGAUCUGAGGAUCAAGGCUCAGGUGAUCCCGGUACCCUGGGACCAGGUGGUAGCUCUUCACUGGCAGCGCCAAGGCGGGUGGAGCAAGAAGCCCACCGACCCCCCCGCGGACGAGAGCGUGGCCAGAGCCGAAGAGGACGAGAACCAAGACGACUACGUCAACAGCUUCCCGAGUAACGUCACGCGUCUGUCAGACGACUACCUGUCAGCCGUCAACAAGCUGAUCCUGGAUCAGACCCGACCCCCCCCUGCUGUGAGGUUUCUGUACUUGCCACGCCCCCCAGCUGACACCCGCGGCUACUCCGCAUACCUGCGGCAGCUGGAGCUGCUGACUCAGGACUUGGGACCCACACUCCUCAUUCACGGGGUCACACCUGUCAUCACUACAGACCUCUGAUAGCGCUCUAUGUUAAAUCUUGUCCUUCUCGAUUAUCUGAAGGGGGCGAUCAGAAUGAGAUGAAUCAAAUCCGAUUAAGUGAUUACAUCUCUGAAUCAGAAGUGCCUUCAUUCCUUUGCCUUUAUCAACAAACACUAGGUGCUACUGUGGGACUUGUUUUAUUCCAAAAAAUAAUUGCAUUGUGGGAUCUCAGGAUGACAUUCCCAACCUCUAAGUGCACUUUUGUUUUCCUGCAUGGAGUUUUCCAAGAAACCAUUUUAGUGUUUACAGCAACAUGAACUUCAUGGAUUAUCUAUGACAUUUUAUAAAAUGAUUUUUUUGUAUUUUAUAGAAGGAUACUAACAACUACUCCACAAGCCAAGACUUGAAUUCUGAUGACGAUGUUUAUUUAAAGCAGUGACAUUCCUCUCAGGGGGAGGUGGGUUAGUACCAGCUGAAGUCAGCUGACUUCCUUCUUAAUACUAUUGUGUUUGGGGCAACACUUUUUUAUGAAAUCGAAUCCAUUCCUUUUAUUUUGACAAUCAACAGGGAAAUUGUGCGGGUGGAGUGUUUGACAGCUCCGUCUUAAAUUUGGUUUUCGCCGACGAGUUCUUGUUUUUACACUACACUCCUGGUUCGACGUUUCCUGCAUUUCUGUGAAAAAGAAAGCUGCAGGCUACAGUUUAUAGAAGAAAUGAAACAUUCCGACUUUGAAUUACUGUCAAAAUCUGAACUAAAUCCAAUAAAAUGUCCAAGAUUUAAAGAAGUGACAAAGAAAAAAAAACAAAAAAAA